AUGUCUCCUGAGCAUCUCGACCACAACGGUUCAACUGACGCCGUUCGACCUAGAAAGCGCCAGAAAAGAAAGCACUUCGGCAAAGGACCGCAGCCUUACAAAAGCCAAGUGAACGCUGCGAACACGGCAAAUCCACGGUCCUCUCCACAAUCGCCGUCGGAAGCCCAGCAUGGAUCUCCGGAAAGGGUGAAGCUCGCUGAAGAUAGGGAAAUAAUCAACGAGCCAUGGUCCCUCUUCGUUUGUGGCGACGGUCAGCUUGGCCAGCUCGGCCUCGGUCGUAGAGGGAGAACCCGGACCUUGAAUCCGACACAGCUCCCCGAGCCAAAGCUCAACGAAGAACUGCCAAAGGACGUCGUUGAUUUCGACUGUGGAUCGGAUCAUUGCAUUGCUCUGACGAAGGACAAUAAGAUUAUGACCUGGGGCAAUCCCGAGUUUGGUGCUCUGGGAUGGCCAUUUAGAGCCGCCAUGGCGACCCCACAGCUGACGAACGGUGUUAACAAGAUGGCCUUGGAGACUUGUGAGCCCAAGGAGGUCGAUUUCGCGCACCUAGGAGAUCUGACCUGGACGGCUGUCGCGGCGACGAACAAUGCAUCGUUUGCUUUCACAGACAAGGGUCAUGUGUAUGGGUGGGGUACAUUUUGUUACGAACGAUACCUCAGCUGUCGUGACGAGGCUUCAUUCCAAGCGCUGGGCUAUCCAAGGGACAGGCUUAGGAAAUUUCCAGUCGGACUCACCGAGCCUGGCGAGAUCGCCUACAAGCCAAAGCGGAUCGGGGAGCUGAAAAAUAUCUUUUCUAUUGCUGCCGGUGCUCAGCACGUGCUCGCUGUGGGCAUGGACAACAGAGUCUAUUCGUGGGGAGUGAACUCCUGCGGACAAUUGGGGCGAGGCGUUGAUCAGAAAAAGGGCAACCGUGACAUGCCUGGCAACGUGGACCAGGACGCCUCUGUACGUGAUCACCGAGGGCACACUCGCUCUCACAGAGACAUACGCUUCCUUGACGAGGAAUAUUUGAAGGGCGAUUUGGUCAACUCGAAAGACACUGCAGGAUACCUUGCAGAUGCUGAAGUGGAGGAAUUUAUCCGCCAAGGAGCGAGUGAAUGGCUGAAACCGACAGUCAUUGCUGUCGACGGUGACAAGUCUGGUCGCACUCCCAUAUACUGGGCUGCGUGUGGUGCGCGUCACAGCUACUUGGUCGACAAAUCUGGCCGAGUCUAUGGCUUUGGCAGCAAUGAUCACGGUCAGCUGGCCGUUACUGAGAAAGAGCGGAAGGCAUUCAGUGUGGGUAGCCAAGGACAAAUUUUCCCAAGCGCGAGAAAGCUAGACGAGCCCCGAGAGGUAGAAAGAAUGGCCGCGGGCGAGCUUCACACUAUGGCACUGUUGAAGCCGACGAAGGGUAAUGUCGGAGGUGAGCUUAGGGCAUGGGGCUCAUACGACGACUACGCUCUGGGAAUACCGCCAGCAGACCUUGGACCACAUAAUGUUGCAGAAACAAACAAUGGAAUCGUCGUCACGAAGCCUGGUCCGGUUCCAGGCCUGCACGACAUUGUCCACAUUGCAACCGGAACCUACCAUACCAUCGCCAUCGACAAGGAUGGACAUGUCUUCACUUUUGGCGCUUCUGAUUAUCACCAGACUGGGCGUCCAAGGUUGACGGCGCAGCAAAUCGAGAGCAAACAGCGCCCAGAUGUCCAGAAGAGACCAAUGCCCCUUUUCGGGACGACAAUGAAGAGCCUGAGCGUCUGCGAUGUUGCGUCCCAACCGGAUGGUGGUGAACUGCAGCUGUCGUUGCGAUGGACCACCAAGGUUCGAACUGCUAAAGCCGGGCGAGGUUUCUCGGUCUUUGGAGGCAUUCCUCGUCCCACGGAAGACCUCAGAGCGGGUGUGACACGAACAUCGAAACACAAAGACGCCGAAGGGGAGCGCGAGCAGAUUGGGCGCUUCAAACUGAGGACGCAGUCUCGACAUGCAGGUGGAGACAUGUCGGAUGAGGAUGAGUGGUACGAUGGCCGGCCGCAGCGUCCUUCCAGACGCCAAGGGCAAGCGAGAUAG